ACUGUUCCAAAACUUCUGCAUUCAUGUGUGAAACUCGAUCUCACUGUCCACGAGGUUUCGUUCUUGACACCAAUGGACACUGCUACCGAUAUGUGACCAAUCAGCCCACACCGUGGAACAUAGCGCGGGCUGACUGCCGGAAAGCACCGGGGGGAGAUCUGGCCAUAACCGACAAGGAACCAGGCAAGGAAAGUCAGUUACUCCUGGAAAGGGUUCGACCCAGAGUAACAGAUCUGUGGAUAGGCUUGUAUCAUGAAGCGCCCUCUGGUGUCUGGAAGUGGGUAGAUGGCUCGACGCUGAUGAAUGGUGCAUGGAAGUCAGGGGAACCAAAUAACCUGAAUGGUCUUAGAAACUGUGCGGAGAUUGACACUCAUGCACGCUGGAGCAAUACGGACUGCAGUCGAAACUUCUCUUACGUUUGCGAAAUACAAGAAAACGGGGAAUGCUUCAUUAACACUGACGGCAGCGACUACAUGGGUCACGUGAACAUCACUGCAACUGGAGGCAAAUGCUCCAAUUGGAACAGAGAUUCAUUGAGCGCCCUCAACGUUGAGGCCAUCUCGGAUGCUGUAUGGUCAGAUCUAGUAGGUCAUAAUUACUGUCGCAAUCCUGGCGGUCUUAGGGACUCGGCCUGGUGCAUAGAAAACACGAUUGAUGGGUCGCCGACCUGGCAAUCUUGCUAUAUUGGUGAACCACAGGUUACAUGCAUUGAAGAUUGGAAGCGAACCACGCCGCGUAGUUUUGCUACACCAUGUACAAAUCGACAUGCUUGUGAUCGUGGUCAUACCUGUCAUCCUGUUGCACGGGAGUGUAUCUGCCCUAGUGGCUAUGAAGGAGGUUACUGCCGUCAGCCAUGCGCUCCUGGUAAAUACGGCCAUGACUGUAACUUCAACUGCCCACCAUGCCCUGCUGGAGGUACUUGCCAUCACGUGACGGGCGAGUGUCCACACAAGGACGAGGGUGACGUCAACGAUCAAUUAGGCGGGAAUCCACCAGUAACAUGUGGAGGGAUAUGUCGUCUAGCUGUGCGUGUCGGCUGUGUGUGUGAUAGUACCAAUGGUUCAUGUCCCUGCCCGGCGUACGUGGUUGCCUUACUCGCAAUCGUCAUCGCAACCUGGGUCGUCCUAGGUUUCGCCUGUCUGGCUUGCGGCAUCAUCCGAAGACGUAGAACUUUCACAAGAGUUGAAUACAAGCGUGACUCCGACUACUGCGAAGAAAUUGGUACCGACUCGGACACAGAUGACGAGUUGGGAAACCAGCAGGUUUCCGGUCAGCCGACAAAAGAAGUAGUUUGCCAGCCCUCAGUUGGUACUACAGUAGGUAUCAUGGACAACUUCGAGUCAAGUACAGCAGUUCUUCUCCAUAAUGCACACCAUGGCAGACCGUCUGCACUUCCUACAGCACCCCCUCUGCCAAUGGACUCUCCAGCUGAUGAAUCACCACCUCCAUCGCCCUUCUACCUGAAUGUGACCCGCUACCGUGACGAAACCGAGUACUCCGAUCCAUACGAGCUUCUAGGUCGGGAGCCAAUCUGGAGGCGCUCCGCCCCCGGCCCAGAUGAGGUCUGGGAACCAUUCCUAUUCCGCCCUGUGACCAACAUAGAGGAACUGAACAACGCCCCUAACGGCUACGUGAACGAUUCCGUCAUCAAACUGAAAGAGAAAAGGCGAACAAAUCGAGGAAACCACGUACCGUAUCGACUUCGAUUCUCCUUCAGGAGUAAAGAACUUGGGAACAAAGCGGCAGCUUCAGUUGCUGGUGAAACUCAACACAAACGCACUUUCAAACAGAAACCUCCUGUAAAGCCUAAGCCGGACAAUAUCAAACUGCGACCCCUUUCUGGCAAGAACACGGGUAGCACCAGACAAACUUGUGAUGGGUCUGGGACAUUAUCACGCAGGUCAGAUCCACAGAGCAGUACGAUCCGUCGUGAUGAGUUUGAGCUCCAGAUAAUCGGUCGGCAUUCACCAACAACGUUAACACGUCAUUCAACAGAUACCAGACGGCAUAAGUUCCAGAGGGGAACUUCGGUUCCGAAUUCAGGAACCUGUUGCCAAGAGGAUCAGGACUUGGCAGCUCUGGUGUCAGAAGGUCAUGUCUACGUAAACGAGAAAAUCGGACGGCCUCGUGUUUCCAAAGCAAGAAGUGUGGACGAAUUUGGCGCGUAACUGAGAGGAAGAAAACCUCAUCAACCGCGGUGGAUCAGUUUACUUUGCUUCAAAAGACUUGACCAUCUGAAAACCUCGACAGAAGUCGAACUGAAUAUAAAAUUUCUUUCGUGAAAGAAUAAUUUAUACUUGUUUAACAUUAUAUAGGUUUUCAACUUUAACACUUGAAUUAUUAUAAAUUCCAUGCAAAAAUAAUUUCGUUCUUUUUAUCAUUCAUUUAAAUACCUGCAGGAUCAUUCAAUUUCGUUAGUGCCAAGCUAAAACAUUACGGUCAAAUUAUGUUUGUAAUCUCUUCGUUAUGUUUUCUUGCCCUCUAAGUUCACCUUCAAACGUGUAUUAUGCACGAACUGAAUAUGAAUGACCGUAGCGCGAAAGUGAAUGAUAAAACAAGUUCAACGCCAAUCACCACAUGAGACGAAUUUCCCGAAACUAGGACGAAUGAGAAUGCUAUAUUUGCGAAUUACACUGGACUAAAAUUUGAAAUCUAAUUAAUGUAAAUUCUAAAUUGGAUUUAACAAUCGAGCCCAACGACGUUCUGAAACGAUAUUGAAGUGUCUUUCCAUGGAAUUUGAAUAAUACAAAUGUUCUAUUUCAAGAGGAUGUUGAUUGCUAAUCGUUAUGUUUAUGCAUCUUGUAAAAAAAAUUGUAUAGAGGGAAUGAUACAUAAUUUAUUUACACUCUUUUAAAGUGAAUGAGUCAAAAUACGGACUGUUUUCUCUAAUUAUAUAUUGACUGCAAAUCUAGUCAACGAAAAACGUGCUAUGUCGAUAUUUCUAUAUUUUUUUCCGGCCAAUACUUCCGACCACCAGUAAUUAAGUUUACCUUGACCAAUUUCAGAUACACUCAGGUUUACUCCCGAUACCAAGCCAAGUUUUAAUGUUUUUAUAGUCAUGUCUGCAUGACUCUAUUGCCAUUAUGCAUGCAUUCCCAGUUUAUUCUCUCUUGUUAUUGCGCGCUUUAUAAACAAUAAUGUUGUUUUCCUUGAUAAUUUUCAGUGAGGCCUUUGGACGGUACGUUAAUCAUUUCAUGCAGGUUAUAUAGCAGAUGGUGGUGACGUUAACGGUGAUUCACCCUAUCAGUGCGAAGUGUCCGCCGACGACAGCCUGGUAUAAUAUAUGUAUCAACCCCGUGCAAUUUAGUUAAAACUGCAGGAAGUAAACGUAUAGGGAAAGGGCGUGAAGUUGUAUAGUGCGGCACGGCAAGGCACUUCAUGGCAUAAUUGUCAGCCAGUCAGACUGUCUUUUAUCAAUCGGAACUAUUUUAAAAACAUCGCAAAAAGCUCACAUGGACAAAA